AUGGUGUUGAACGUCCUGCACGUCGCAGAGAAGCCGUCGCUGGCGCAGUCGAUCGCGAAUUUCCUGUGCGAGGGUGGCGCGCAGGUCAGCACGCGCCGCGCCUCGCCAUGCGACGUGCACGUGGUGCAGUCCAAGUUCCUCGGGCAGCCGGCGGAGUUCCGCGUGACCUCGGUCGUCGGCCACGUCUUCUCUAUCGACUUCACGAAGGAAUAUCAAUCUUGGGAGAAGACUGAUCCUACCACGCUGUUUGCCGCCGAGACCGUGCGUUCCGAAGCGAACCCCAAGGCGCGCGUCGUCGAGCACAUCAAGCGCGAGGCGCGCGGCUGCCAGCACCUCGUCCUCUGGCUCGACUGCGACCGAGAGGGGGAGAACAUUUGCUUCGAAGUGAUGUCGGUGGCAGUGCCCGUCAUGAGCACCGCGGGCGGCGGACGGCGCGUGCACCGCGCGCGUUUCUCCGCGGUGUCGCGUCCCGAGAUACAGCACGCGAUGAAGAACCUCGGCGAGCCGAACAGGAACGAAUCGCUCAGUGUCGACGCGCGGCAGGAGCUGGACCUCAAAGUCGGGGUCGCCUUCACGCGCUUCCAGACCAGGUAUCUCCAGGGCAAGUACGGCAACCUGGACGCGUCCGUCGUGAGCUACGGGCCGUGCCAGACGCCCACGCUCAAUUUUGCAGUCGAGCGGCAACAACUCAUUGCACAGUUCCACCCCGAGCCGUUCUGGUCCGUUCGCCCGCGCCUCUUCAAAAACAAGGCGAUUGCGCUGGAGUGGGCCCGCGGGCGCGUGUUCGACAAGCGCACCGCCGAGCUCUUCCACUCCCUCGUCGCCGUCGCCGGCACGGCACGUGUCACGUCUGUUACGGACAAGGACCUCCGCAGGGCGCGGCCGCACGGCCUCAACACCGUCGGGCUGCUCAUGGUCGCGAGCCAGAAGCUCGGGAUGGGCCCGCACCACGCCAUGCAGGUCGCCGAGCGACUAUACAUCUCUGGUUAUCUCAGCUACCCGCGCACCGAGUCAACGGGGUACCCGGCGCACUUCGACUUCCGGGAGAUCGUGGCGGGCCAGACGCGGAACGACGCGCUGGCGGCGUACGCGCGGAGCGUGCUCGACGUCGGCGUGACGAGGCCGAAGGGGGGAAAGGACGUGGGCGACCACCCGCCAAUCACGCCCGUCCGCGGGGCCAGCGAGGGCGAGCUGACCGGCGACAUGUGGCGCAUGUACGACUACGUGUCCCGGCACUUCUUCGCGUCGAUCGCGCCGGACUGCGUGCUGAAACGGACCACUGCGAUCUUCGCGGCGGGAGGGGAGGAGUUCAAAGCCACGGGCACCGUCGUCGUCAAACCUGGGUGGACGGCGGUGCUGCCGCGUGGGAGCGUUUCGAGGGCCCCGAAGGACCAGGACCGGGAGUACGCGGAGGACGAGGAUGACGAGGACGACGAGGACGAGGACGAGCAGGAGACGGCCCUGCCGCCCCUGAGCAAGGGGGAGGAGUUACCCCUUACAGAGGUGGCGCUGCAUCAGGGGCAGACGUCGCCGCCGGGGGCCCUGACGGAGGCGGAGCUCAUCCACCUGAUGGAAAAGAACGGGAUCGGCACCGAUGCCAGCAUCCCGACGCACAUCAACAACAUCUGCGAGCGGAACUACGUGCGAGUCGAAACUGGGCGGCGUAUCGUGCCGACCGAGCUGGGGAUGACCCUCGUGAGGGGCUACAACAUCAUCGACCCGGACCUCUGCCGCCCGGAAGUGCGCGCAGAGAUCGAGAAGAACAUCGCGCUCGUAGCGGCCGGAGCGGCGGACAAGGAGUCCGUCGUACAGCACGCCCUGGACCAGUUCCGCCAGAAGUUCUUGUACUUCGUGUCCAAGAUUCAAAAGAUGGACGCGCUCUUCGAGGCGUCGUUCUCGCCCCUGGCGUCGUCCGGGAAGCCGCUCUCGCGGUGCGGCAAGUGCCUGCGCUACAUGCGGUACAUGUCGGCCCGCCCGGCCCGCCUGCACUGCGCCACGUGCGAGGACAUCUACCACGUGCCACAAGGCGGGGCUGUCAAGCUGUACAAGGGGCUGACCUGCCCGCUCGACGGCUUCGAGCUCGUUAUCUUCCGCCUCGGCGGCGCGGACGGCAAGAGCCAGAUCCUGUGCCCGAUGUGCUACAACCACCCGCCGUUCGAGGACGCCGUCGUGGGCACGGGCACCAUGAUGUGCGGCGCGUGCUCGCACCCCACGUGCCCGCACAGCCUCCCCGGCCGCGGCGCCACGACGUGCCCCGAGUGCGACGCGGGCACGCUGGUGCUGGACCCCGCGAGCGGCCCGAAGUGGCGGCUGGACUGCAACCGCUGCGCGUUUUUGCUGUACCUCCCCCCGGAUCUGCACAUGGCAGAGGUGGCCCGCGAGAGGUGCGAGGACUGCGGGAGCAAGAUGAUGUCGCUGGACUGGAAGAAGGGCAAGGUGCCAGCGGCGUGGGGGAGCGAGGACGGCGCGGAGACGCGGCACACGGUGUGCAUUGUGUGCGACGACGAUGCGGCGGAGCUGUGCGAGGCUAAGGCGAGCGCGAAGGUGUGGGUGCGUCGCGGCGGGCGUGGCCGCGGGCGCGGUAGGCGGGGCAGGGGCAGGGGCCGCGGGCGGAACGUCGACCCUAGGAUGACCUUUGAUGGCUUCUAG